CUUAGCUCUGCCCCUGGGAGUCCCGCCAGCGGGGCUUUUCACAGGAGAGGUUUGCGGUCACUGCGCUAAAACUCCCAUAUCCCGAACAACCCUGCGCGUAAUUUGCUUCUCCGGACGGCAACUUUCGGCUACAGGUCCAGAGCUUUCGGACUGAAGAGCCUGCCUUUGGCUGCGGCAGCAAGCGAUCAGGCUCUCGACGGUGUUCCUGCUGCAGCUGAAGAUGGAACAGCCACCUCGCGAGAGCCAGCAGGAGCGCGCUAGUUCGCACACCGUGACCACAACCAGCAGCUCUUUCGCGGCUACUUUCACGUCCAGAUCCAGCACGCUCGCUUAUGACAAAGAAUUUCUGAAGACGAUUCCUGGAGUCCUCAUGGUGUUUGAGAUAGUUCUAGGAUUGCUAGUGUGGAUGUUGAUUGCUGGAACAGACUAUUUCCUAUAUCCUGUAUUUGGAUGGAUAAUGUUUGUGGCUGUGUUUUACUGGAUUCUUACACUCUUUUUUUUGAUCAUCUAUAUGACAAUGACCUAUACUAGGAUACCUCAAGUGCCAUGGACCACAGUUGGUCUGUAUUUUAACGGCAGUGCCCUCCUCUUGUACUUAAUUGCUGCUAUUUCAGAAGCAUGUACAGUCACCAAAGAACUUGACUACCACAAUUAUAAUAGUUGGGCAGCAUCUUCGUUCUUUGCCUUCGUUGUUGCUUCCUGCUAUGGUGGAAAUACGUACUUUAGUUUUGUAUCUUGGAGAUCACGGACCUUGCAAUAAGUAUUUUCUUCUAAUAAAAGAGAUCUCUGUGUUUGUAAAUGUUAUAUAAUUUUGAUGAAAAUGUUUAGGUAAUAAUGGUUUUCACUCAAAAGUAAAAACAAAUGGUUCUUUUUGCAAAUUAUGGAAAGGGUAGUUCACCUGACAGAAAUGGUUCUACACACAGUUCUCUUAUUAAUGUCUUCAUUUGAGUUAAUCAUUGUGACACAGCUCAGUUACCACAAACAAGAAACAGAAGGAAGAAUUGAUGGUAUAGGAGGGAAGAGAAUAAAGCACAGAAGCCGUUCAAUGUUGUUUCCACUCCAGUCACUUCCGUACAAUAUUGUGUCUCUGAAAGCUGCUCCAGAUCUCAGGAUUCUUGUCAAUAGUGUUGAAGAGCAUUGUAUAACCAGCACCACCAUCUGAUGGGAUUGAUUUAAAAUCUGAAAGCUUUUUAAACAUGAAAAACAUGUAUCCUCAGAUAAAACACUGUUAACCGGAACUUGUUACUCUUUGUAUCAAUGCAUAUAAUUUCCUUAGAUAGUGUAUACUGUUGUAACAAAAUCAGUGGACUUCACAGUUGUUUUCUUCAAAAAUGUUCUUGUUUAAUCAUGAUUUAUUUAUUAGCAAAAUCUACUGUUACAGAACCUCCUAUUAUUUGCAAAUGUAUAUAACUUUCAAGGCUGCAGAUUUAUUACAGUUAGAUAUAGAUGGGAAUAGUUAAUAAUUCAUUGGGGCAUACAUUUAGGGAAGACUGAAUAAAAGAAAUGCAUUACUUGCAUAAGUCUGUAGAAUGAUCACAUUUAAAAUAUUGUGUUCCAUUCUAGUAACUGGACUUGGCUUUAGAUCUGGAAAAGAUGGAGAAAAAAGAAUUAACUGACCAGGGACAUGAAUAAUUUCAUUUAAAGAUGUUAUUUUUAAAUCAUUUUUCUUAAAUGAUAAGCAUGUGAUACAUGGUGUAAUACUGAAAAAGCAGGUAACAAUUUCUCUGUUUCUCACAAUGCUAGAACUGAAGAUUAUCUUAUGAGUCUGAAUGGUAUAAGAUUUGGGGCAGACAAAGAGGAGAGAUUGUUCCAAAGAGUACAUAGCUGAACUCUGGAAUUUACUCCUGUAUGGUGUGAGGAUGGCCAUCUUAAACUAUUGUAUAAGGAAUUAAACAAAUUCAGAAAGGAUAGAGGUGCCCAAUAGGAGAUCAUAUGCUGCUGACAGCAUUCCCCUGAAAACUAGUUCCUGAGAAACAUCAGUGAAAAUGUUAAUAAACCUCUAUAAUUUGAGUUUUCAAUAAUCAGGAAUUAGAUUUAAUAUCAGUCACAACAUUAGUAUAAAGAUAGCUCCAUUUUGAGAUCCAUCUAUGUAGUGCAGUGAUAUAAAAUGCCUGACUACAUCUGGAAGAUCAGGAAUCUAUCCCACUAUCAGUCCUGGCUGAUUUUGGUUCAUCUCUUAGGGUUACUGUUAUAGAAAAACAUGUAAAUUGAACUUGUGUGGGAAAGUUUUGACAUAAAAACAUGAAUACUGUGGAAACUUUAAAAAUGUCAUCAUGCAUGCUCUCACUUCCUGAGGUUCUUCACCAUAUUGUAUAAAAAUGGUUGCAGCUGAACUACUUUCCCUUAAAAGCAAAAAUCUUUUAUAAACUUAGAGGUCAUUCUUGGAGUUUUUACAUGCAACCAAAGUAGAGAAACAAAUAUAUUCACCCUCUAGGGAUCUGAACAAACAAAAUUCUGCAUCAGUGGAACACAAUUUCAUCACCUGACACUGUCAAAAAUCAGCAUUAAUAUUCCAAAGUUACUGCAAUAGAAGCCUAUGGUUGGGGGGAGGGAGAACAAAAGGAAAAAUUAUAAUCUUAGAGAACAUUUUCUUGAAAUUUAACAUGAAAAUAGGAGUUUGCUCUCAGAAGUAGCUGCAACAAACUUUUUUAAAAAUUAUGUACUCAUCCAUAUUAAGCACAGAAAGGGGGGACACUGUUCUUAGAAGAUGCCUAUUUUUGGUAUAUUUUAUUUAACGUAGAACUUGCCAGCUUGGUGUAGUGGUUAAAGAGCUCAGCUAGAAACCAGGAGACUGAGUUCCAGUCCCACUUUACGCAUGAAAACCAGCUGGGUGACUUUGGACCUGUUAAUCUCUCUCCUUCCAAUCCACCUCCCAGGAUUAUUGAUGUGUGGAAAAUGGGAGAAGUAAAGAGUAUUAUGUAUGUUUACCCCCUUAAGUUACUUAUAAAAUAAAGGUGAGAUUAAAAAAGAAAUCUAAAAAAAAAA